ACUUACAAAUUUCUUCUCUCUCCUCGCUUUUUUACCUCGGUAAUUUAAGCAUCAUUUUUAAAAACUGUCAGUACUCUUAUAAAAAAAACAUUAUUUUUAAAAACUGUCGUAUUCUUAUAAAAAAUCCCAGAAUCGGUCCCCCUUGGUUACAGGAGGCAUAUUAAUGGCGUACAAUUAAUGGAUGGUGCUGUGUUGUAGAGUAACUUAACACUCUAAACAAUUAAAAGCUGGGGUACGGGUUUUUCAUAACCUUCAUCCAGGACGGCACAGUGAUUGGAACAAGCUAUGGGAGACGAAUUAACCACAGUAAAAAGAAGGGGAAUGGUUGGACAGUGUAGCUGUGUAACAAUGAUUUAUUUGCUAUGUUAUAAUCGCUUAAUUUUAAAAAUUAAUGGGUGGAUAAGUUCAGGAGGAUGUUUUUUUUUGGUUUAGAUGAGGUAAAAAUCUGUCUUCCAUAAAGAGCAGGGCAGGGGUAGGGGCAGUAUGCCACUAAUUACAGAGGUUGACACAAUUUAAUGGAAUUCAAUACUUUAUCCCAUAAAUAGUGCUGAUCGUUGCCCAUUUCUCUAUCCUCUGGUGUCUCCCAUUUUUCUAACAAACUCCCUUUCCAUCUCCUGAUCAUCAUCAAUUCAUCAUUCACCUCAAAGAAGCUUCUUAUAUCCAGCUGCCUCAUUCUGCUUUGCUCGCUGAGUCACUGGGCACUCCCUCAAAAUGGGAGGAUCUCCCUGCUGCGACACCACCUCCUUGAAACGUGGCCCUUGGACGCCUGAAGAAGACCGGAAGCUCCUAGCCUACAUCCAAGAACACGGCCAUGGGAGCUGGCGGUGCGUGCCCGAGAAUGCUGGUCUUCAAAGGUGUGGGAAGAGCUGCAGACUGAGAUGGACGAACUACCUCAGACCUGAUAUCAAGAGAGGCAAAUUCAGCUUACGGGAAGAGCAGACCAUUAUUCAACUUCAUGCUCUUCUAGGCAACAGGUGGUCAGCUAUAGCAACCCACUUACCAAAUAGAACAGACAAUGAGAUCAAGAAUUAUUGGAACACACAUCUCAAGAAAAGGUUGGCCAAGAUGGGAAUAGACCCUGUAACUCACAAGCCCAGCCAUGCCGUUCUAACCUCCCCUAAUGGUGACUCAAAGAACGCAGCUAACCUCAGCCACAUGGCUCAGUGGGAGAGCGCCCGGCUCGAAGCCGAAGCCAGGCUGGUCAAAGAGUCAAAGCUCCGCCAAACUCAGAAUGCCUCUGCUUCUGCUCCCGCUCCGGCUCAGCUGCUUAACAAAAUGGCUACUAGGCUUACACCUCCGCGUCGUCUUGACGUACUAAAUGCAUGGGAAAAUGUGGGAUCAAAAUUGAAGAUUGGCAGCAGCGGUAGUAACCGUGAUAUCCCAUCACCAACCUCAACAUUGAGCUUCCUGGAAAACGUUUCAACAAUUUCAAGAGUGGAAUCCUCUGAAAUCAAUGGAAUUUUGGGCACGUUAGGGACUGAAAUCGACGCGUUUGGGACACAACAAUGUGACAUCAAUAUGACAUGGACCAUGGAAUCUACUGAUGAAAAUGCGAAUUUCGUUCAUCUUCUUCUUAGUAGGUCUGGUGACGGCAUCCUCACCAACAACGGUGGAAGAGAUGGUGAAGAACUUGAAGACAACAAGAAUUAUUGGAAUGACAUUAUGAAUUUGAUGACCUGCCAACCAUCCCGUUCGCCCAACCUCUAAAUCAAAUCGCACCCUUUCAUGCCACACUAUUUUGUGUUUUUUUUUUUU